AUCUCAUCUCUCAUCUCUCUUUUCACUGUUGGUGUUGGGUUCAUUUUCUUGUAGUAUAAAAAGUUUACAGUCAUGGCUGAGAACUCCGGGAGUAAUGGAAAUCAUGGAGUCGUUUUGAAUGUCGAAGCGGAAGCCGAUCGGAAUCCGCCUCCGCCAGCCUCCUCCGACGUAGGUUUCACUGUUCCUUUCAUGCAGAAGCUGAUGGCAGAGGUGUUGGGGACAUAUUUCUUGAUAUUCGCCGGCUGUGCAUCGGUGGUGGUGAAUGUAAACAAUGACAAAGUGGUUUCAUUACCUGGGAUUUCCAUAGUCUGGGGAUUGGCCGUCAUGGUUUUGGUUUAUUCCGUGGGUCACAUCUCGGGUGCCCAUUUCAACCCGGCAGUCACCAUUGCUUUUGCUACCUGCAAAAGAUUUCCUCUCAAACAGGUGCCAGCUUAUAUAACAGCUCAAGUUUUGGGAUCAACUAUGGCAGCCGGAACACUUCGACUUCUCUUCAGCGGUCCAGACAACGUCUUCGCCGGAACGUCGCCGCAAGGAUCGGAUUUACAGGCGUUUGUGAUUGAGUUCAUCAUCACUUUCUACCUCAUGUUUAUUAUCUCCGGCGUCGCCACUGAUAACAGAGCUAUUGGAGAACUUGCCGGACUUGCCGUUGGAGCUACUGUGCUGCUUAAUGUGCUGUUUGCUGGGCCGAUUACGGGAGCAUCGAUGAACCCAGCAAGGAGCUUAGGGCCGGCAAUCGUGUGGCAUCAUUAUCAGGGGCUAUGGAUAUAUCUUACAGCGCCAAUUAUCGGGGCAGUGUCGGGUGCUUGGACUUAUAACGUGGUGAGGUACACCGAUAAGCCAUUGCGGGAAAUCACCAAGAGUGCUUCUUUUCUCAAGGCUUCACGUAAUUCUAGUUAAAAUUUAUACGU